AUGAAGCGCUAUACCUCGUGUCUCGUCUUCGCCGCCUGGCUGUGCGUCAGCGCAAAAGCCGAAGAAGAUACCUAUGUUCCUCCCGUGCCGUUGCACGAGGCUGUGACAACGAGGACCACUGCCACGGACAUCAACGACGCUUCACUUACGGGGGAACAAACUAACGCCAGUCCUCCCCAGAGCGACGCCUCCAAGAUGAGCGAGAUCACAGGAGGCCCGGACGCAUCGAAUGCGGCCCCAGUCGCUGCAGAGAUGGGCGAAACCGCCAAUGAGCCCGCGCCAGCCGAAAUGAUGCAGUCCAAGAAGAGCCUCGUGACGGACCCAAUAGCUGAGAUGAUGGGUGGCGAGUUCAACACCGAAGUCAAUCAGAGGAUGGCCGAUAGCUUCCUCAGCGUUCGCUCACGCGUUCUGCGCCUUAAGGCCAAUCGUGAUAUGUAA